CCGCGCCACAAUUCUCGCCCACACCGACACCUACCCAACCCAACAGUCAAGACUCUGUAGUCGUCAAGCAGGAACCCACUCCACCACCCCAGUCUGAGUGGGAUCGACUGCGUGCUCAGCUGCGGGACAAGCCUAUCGACGCAGAUGCAUGGUUGAAACUGGUCGACCUCGCCGAAGACUCGGGUGAUAUCGAGAAGAUCAAGAACACAUACGAAGGCAUGCUCGAGACCUACCCGAAUACUCCCUCGGUUCAAAUUGCCUACCUGAAGCACUUUUUGGACGACCCUUCUCAAUUUGGCCAGGCUGAGGCACUCUUCAGACGUUUCCUACUGAGAACCACACCCUCUGUAGAGUUGCUCAAGUUCUAUUUGACGUAUAUCAGGAGGGUGACGACCGGUCCGAAUGCGCGUGAGGUAAUCCGGAAAUGCUACGACUUUGCGCUCGGCCAUAUUGGCCAGGACAAGGACAGUUAUGAAAUCUGGCAGGAAUACAUCAAUUUCUUGAAGGCCGGAGAGACCAACACGACAUGGGAAGAACAGCAGAAAAUGGACGCGGUUCGGAAGGCGUAUCAGCACGCCGUGCAGAUCCCCAUGGAAAACGUGAAGAAGCUCUGGGAGGAGUACCAGGAAUUCGAGAACGGUCUCAACAGGAUCACGGCCAAGAAGUUCAUCUCCGAUCUGCAAGAAGCGCACAUGCAAGCGCGUACCGUCCUGAACCAGCUGCAAGAGCACCUCCAUACCCUCUUCGCGAAUACACAGACUACACGCGGCAGCCGCUCAUCGAUAUGGCUACCUCGCCCCCCAACGUUUAGCCAAAGCGACAAAGCGUAUGUGCAGCGUUGGCGCUUGUACCUCAAAUGGGAGGAGGGCAACCCGCUCGAGAUCGAAGAGAAGGAUCGCGCCACGCUUCUCCAGCGUAUCCAGAGUGUGUAUCGGAAGGCGGUCGUACGCAUGCGGUAUUACUCCGAGAUCUGGUACAUGGCCUACGCGUGGACGAACGGCAUCGGUAAGACAGAGGAAGCGAACACGCUCUUGAAGUCCGGCAUCGAAGCGAAUCCUGCAAGCUUCGUAUUGAACUUUGCCUAUGCUGAAGCCCUCGAACUGCAGAGCAACUUUGCGGAAGUGCAUGUUGGCUACGAGAAGUUCAUCGAGGUCCUCCGGAAGGACCUUGAGGCGACUGAAGAGAGGAUCAACGCGAACACCUCUUCUAACGGCUCGCUCGGUUCCCAGGUCCCGGCGAAACCCGACCCGAACGCAAUGGACACCUCAAAUGGGCAGUCGCAAUCGCAGCCUUCAUCUCAAAACUCCUCGUUCGCCACGCAAGCGUCCGACGAUAAGCCACCCAAGUCCAAGGAGCUUGUGGACAAACGCACUGACUAUGGGAUCGUGUACAUCAUGUAUAUGCGCUUCGGCCGCCGGGCUGAGGGCCUCAAGUCGGCGAGGAACAUCUUCGGUAAGGCUCGCAGAGACCGCUGGACGCCUUGGGAGGUCUACGAAGCCGCCGCGUUGAUGGAGUACCACUGCGGUAACAAGGACGUGCAGGUUGCAAGCCGGAUCUUUGAAAAGGGCAUGGAGACCUUCGGUGAAGAAGUUGAUUUCGUCUUGCGCUACUUGGGUUUCCUCAUCUCCAUCAACGACGAGAACAAUGGGAGGGCCUUGUUUGAGCGUGUGAUAGGCAGCUUCACUGCUGAGAAAGCCCGCCCCUUGUGGGACCGCUGGGCACGUUAUGAGUAUCAGUAUGGCGACCUUGCUGCAGCUCAUAAGCUGGAGAAGCGCAUGGCGGAGGUCUACCCGAGCGACCCGCCGAUCAAGAGGUUUGCAGAGCGCCACAAGUACCUGAACAUCGACGCCAUUGCAGUGCGUGACUUGGGCUUCGUGCUCGGACGGCAAAACUCGCGUGCCAAUGGCAGCGGAAACCUUGGACGCUCUGAAACGCUGCAGUCUCUGGGGACGCCCCAGUCUAAGGAGACGCAGCCGAUUGCCCCCAGCAGCUCGAAGAGAGCGGUGUCGCCUGAUCACAGAAGGCGCGACGAAAGCCGUUCUGAGUACCCGUCCAAGCGACUGCGUCCCACGAGUCCGGUUAGAGAGCGUGACCGCGACUGGAGAGAGGGACGAGAAGGACCGCGUGGCCGGCGCCAUAACUCUCCAGGGUGGGAGAGGGACCGCGAGCGUGAUGCGCCACCCCGGAGAUCGUUCAUCAAGGAAGAGAAAGAGGAGGACAAGGGUGUCGUCAUUCCUAAUGUGCUCUCAUGGUUCAUCGGUACCCUGCCGACGGCGAACUCGUUCGAUGGACCUGUUUUCCGGACCGAUGAUCUCAUGCAAGUAUUCCGCAACGCUGUUAUCCCGGCAACGUCGACAGCCAGAGCGCGAACGCCUCCCUCCGCCUCACGUCCAGGAGGAGGCCGACCCCCACCAGACUACGGGCCAUACCAAGGCCCUGGGAGUGGGCGUCGAGGACGCUGGUAGCUACUAGUUAUGUCUCCGUAGUUUAGCUAUUUCCGCCGUCUAUGUCGUUCAGACUCCGUACGUACCUUGUCUCUCCGUCGUAGCGCACGGCCACGCCGGGCCGGACUCUCGUUCGCAGUACUGUAUCGCUUUGCCGCUUUGAGUUCGCAUCCAUGUUCUCUACCACCACCCAGUAGGACCUACACGUUGGAAGCAGAAUGCCUAUCCGAGGAGUCAAUCACUCAUCAUUGGUAUCGGAGGAUGCACCGUACUUCAAAUCGCUCGCAGAUCUCGAUCAGUGGGCGGGAAAGUCACCUCAGAGUGCGAGGAAGCUUUACGGUGUACUCCCUUUCACCCCACGCAACAUCACUGAAGGUGUUAGCGACUCUGGGGUUGGCGGGAAACUCCUUGUUUGCCAUGACUACAAGGGAGGUUAUACCGAAUCACCCACUAGUCCAGCGUACACUUUCAAUUUCUGGAGCCAUUGCGAUACGUUCAUCUACUUUGCACAUCAUAGAGUGACUAUUCCUCCGUCAGGAUGGUCAACGGCUGCUCAUCGUCAUGGUGUAAAGAUGCUUGGGACCAUAAUAUUCGAGCAUGCAGAGUCUGAAGCAGACUGCUUGCGCCUCCUCGUGGGUCCCUUGCCAACAUCACUCACCGGUCCCGCAAAAUCCAACCCGAAUAUGACGCUCCCGGUCUCCCCGCACUAUGCGCGGCUGCUGGCGGAACUCGCCCACCAGCGAGGAUUCGAUGGGUACCUGCUCAACAUCGAGACCGCGCUUGGCGGAGGUGUGGAACAAACACGCGCGCUCACCUUAUGGAUUGCCCUUCUUGAGCGGGAACUGAAGCGUGCUGUGGGGCAACAUGCACAUGUUAUCUGGUACGACAGCGUGAUUGUAGAUGGCAGGCUCGCCUGGCAGGAUAGGCUGAAUAGCGUAAACCUCCCGUUCUUCUUACCGUCUACGGGGUUCUUCUCGAACUACACGUGGCGCUCGCAUUACCCCAAUGCCACGGCGCAGUACCUCCUCAGCCUCGAUCAAUCUUCUUCUUCUCGCCCCAAGGAGCUCCAAGACCUCUUCAUCGGGAUCGACGUGUGGGGCCGCGGCUCGCACGGCGGCGGAGGAUUCGGCCUGUACAAAGCCCUCUCCCACAUCGACCCCAAGUCCCUCGGCCUCAGCGUCGCCCUCUUCGGCCACGCGUGGACCUGGGAGAGCGAACAAGAUAAACCUGGCUGGUCGUGGAAGUCGUGGUGGGAAUACGAGCGCAAACUAUGGCUCGGUCCCACGAAGAAGGGCGAGGUCGUGCCGGUGCCGGACUGGAGGCCGCGCGAUGGCGAAACAUGCGAACACGGGGCUUUUGUGCCCAUCGCUGAGCACUUUCCGCGUCACCCGCCGCCAAACCCUGCUGAUAUGCCGUUCUUUACCUCGUUUUCGCCUGGGGUGGGAUGGUCUUGGUUCGUACGUGGAAUCAGGAUGUUGCGCACCGAUCACGGAUGGACAGACCUCGACAAGACUACCUCGAUCGGCGACUUGGUCUUCCCAAGACCUACAAUUGCUUGGGAAAAUGGGGAGCGCGAGGAAGCGCUCCCAGAGACGACUUCCGAGCUGUCUAUGGAUGACGCAUGGCUGGGAGGCAGCUCGCUCGCCGUAUCCUUCUUGGUCCCCGGCUCCGAUGCUGAAGACGCGUACUUCCGCUGCGUAUGGUUGCCAAUCCAGUCUCUUUCCAUCACGCCCGGGAAGUCAUACCGAAUGUCCGCCACGCUCAAAACUACAGGCUCGGUCGACAUCGACAUCGGUGCUUCCGUAAAGGCUCUUAUCCCAGGCCUCGAUACGGAGUUCGAAAUCACUCACGUCGCCGCCCCCCCUGGACAAGUACCGCUCCCGGAAGGGUGGUUCGAGGUGGUGGUGGACUUCAAGCUCCCCGUCAAGCGUGAACUUGACGUUCUCAGCGCCGCCGGGCUCGUCAUCGGCUUCGCGUGCGAAGACCCCUCCGAGGCUGUCGAGUUCUCAAUCCACGUCGGUGCGCUCAGCGUCCACGCCAAUCCCCUUUCCCCCGAACACAUCGUCGUUGAGCCUAAGGUCAUCUGGGCGGAUCUCGUCUCGGACACGCCUGCUAAUUCGUUCUCCGGCGUCCUCACAUGGGGGACGGGCAUGUCGCUGGGCCCAGUGCGUACCGUCGCGUUGACUUCACCAGAAGACCCCAGACCGUGCUGGAUCAUCGAUAACGCCGUAUCGGGGUUCCUCUACUUCAACGUUUACGUGCAGGCCCACGCGCCCGAAGGAGUGAGUCUACUUCCGGAGCAAGCGACGUUCGUUGGAACCACAGGGCUGGAUGGACGAGCGAACAGAUUCUAUGUAGACCCGGCAUGCCUUCCGUCGGAGGUUUCAGAGGCGAAGGCAGUGAGGUUCUACGUGCAGGGCGUCACGGAUAGGGGUCGGGUUCUGGGAUGGGAGGACUGUGCUUUCGUAGAUGUGCGCAAGACGUGAACUUGUGUUUUUGACCUCAUAUUCGACAGCUCGGACUGUGAAUGAUGUAUGAUACUGCUAGCGGCCACAGAGUAUUCAUGAAGGGGUGAGCAGUACAAGUAGACCGGAAAAUGGAGAUCUCUUCUUGCCCAUCACCGCUAUUCUGAACUAAAGCUCCCCGGAUAUCGUAUCCUGGAGCAGCCGCAGAGCCGACAGACAGUCCUCCAUGACGUCGGUGCCCCGCCGCCACUCCUUGAGCCGCUCUAUGUUCUCCGCGAUCCUCGCGAGAUACUCCGACUCUGUGACACUUGUACGGCCAGCGGUGAUCGCUUCGUCGAGUUCGGGGUAUAUGAGGGAUUGCAUGAGCCCGCUCUGCACCGAAAGCGCCGCGACCUUCUGGGCGACGGGGCGUCGGAAUUGGUCGUAGAUCUUCAAAGCGGCGGGGAUGCUGGCUUUGGUGACUACCGACUGGCCGAACAGCAUGCCGAGCAUCAGAGUAUCCUCGAACCCUUGCCCUGCGCCUGCACCUUGGAAAGGAGUCAUGCUAUGAGCCGCAUCACCGAGCAAGGCGACCCGUCCGUCGACAAAUGUGGGCAGGUCCUUGACCACGUUGAUGGCCCACUUGUUCCAGCUGCCGAUUUGCUGCAUGAUUUCUUCUACUUCAGGCUCCCACCCAACGUACUCCUUGCGGACCUCCUCUUGAGACACCUCUGUCGUCCACGGACCCUCAUAUAUGGUGCCCUCCUGCUCGCGGUUUGUGAUGCUGGCGGCGACAUUGAGUAUGCGACCUUGCGAAAUCGGGUACGCGGCAAUAUUCUUGUUCUGGCCGCAGUAAAUUGUCAUGUAAGAGGACUGUUUCGCGUUCCCAUCGAUGACUGACUCGCGUUCGAGGAGGCCGCGGUACACAGAAGAGCCGGAGAAGACGGCAUUGGUGUGCGACCUCAGGGAAGUGGCCUCUUCUGCCCGCCCAGCGUUCUGCGCAGUAUCCGCAAGCUGCGUGUACAUUGCUGCGCGCACCUGAGAUUUGAUGCCGUCCGCGCCGACCAUGACAUCGCACAGGGCCGUGCUCCCGUCAUGAAAGCGGAGCUCCACGCGACCAUCCGGGCCUUUGGUCUGGGCGUAGGACGCAAGACGCUUGCUCAUAUGGAUGCGCUCUGGGUGGCGAAUAUGGUCGAGGAAGAGCUUUUGGAGCUCGCCGCGGUGGAACGUCCACUGCGCCUCCGUAGCAUUGGGCUUCGUGUCAUUGAAGGCAUACCCCUCCUUCUGGUCCGACUUCCGAUAAAGGAUGGUCAAACGAUCCUUCUCGCCGUUUCCCGCGAUCUUCAGCAGCGCCGGCUCGAGUCCGAGUUCCCGCAAAACGAACAACGUGCGAGGCGGCACUCCGAUCCCAGCCCCAGCCGUUGUCAGUUCGGCGACAGCCUCGUAGAUCUGGUAGUCAACGUCCGGGGCGUACUUCUCUAACGCGAGGGCGAGCACCAAUCCACAUAAGCCCCCACCUACAAUUGCCACAGUAAAUCUUGACAUGGUCGCCUGCUAUGAUCCGCAAGCUUAUUGCUAGUGGAAGGAAUGC